AUGCAACCAGGGCACAUCUACAAAGUACCACCUCCCUGGACUGGACCGGUAGUGCGUCCCCAGGAACAGCAGCAGCAGGGGAAUAUGUACGGCCAGCAGUUUAGCAGCGGACAGACGGGGGGGAUUCAGCCUGGGACCGCCACAGGAGUCCCGCCAAACUCGAGUUAUAAUGGUACGUGAUAUCUAGUGCGAACGGGGGGAUAAGAUCCGAGAUGAAAGAGAGAUGGGAUGAGAUCCCAUUGGAAGGGUGGGUUGUGACGUUUUCCGGGGGACUUUGUCUGAUUAUUCGCUCGUAGCUGGAUUCCCCCCUCAGCAACAACAGCAAUAUCCGCCCCAACAGUUUCAGCAGCAACAGUUCCCUCAGCAGUAUGGCCAGCAGACGCAGUCUCAGUACCAGCAGCCCCCUCCCCCACCUCCACCUCCCCCACCGCCGGCGUCGGCGCCUGGACAGCAACAAUGGGCCCACCCGCAAUGGAACCAACCCACCUCUCCGCCCGCCCCGGGCCGUCCUCAAUCAGUCUAUAACCCCCAAGCCCCGACAUACCAAGGCAAUACCGGAACUGGGUAUGCUCCUGCUCCCCAGCAUACCGGCGUUCAACAAACCCCUGGGACACCUAUCCAACAACAACAACAGCAAGCUCCUCCACCUCCUCCACCUCCUCCACCGCCUCCCCCGCCCCCACCGACCACCCAAUCAUAUAGCCAGCAAACACCUGGAUCACCAGCUACCCCCGCGAGCCCAUAUCAGCAGGGCCAGCCAUAUGGUGGACAGUACCAGGGGCAGCAAUGGCAAGCAGCCAGCCCCCAGCAGCAGUUUGUGCAACCUAGCCAACCGGCGGCGCCGCAGACUCAGCAGACGUAUUACACCGGGGGUAAUGUCGGCGGGAUGGCGCCUGGAAGCGCAACCGGAUAUGGCGGCCAGCAGGGUGGUGUAACUGACACUGUGCAGAGCCUGUCUGAGAACCAUGUUGCGUGAGUGCUUAUUGUGCCUGAAUUUAUCGAAUCGUUACUAAUGGCCUAACAGAUAUAUCCCCCCAUCACUUUCUGGUGCCGGGGUCACUGCUUAUCAACCCGUCAAUACCAACCCUGCGCCGGGGGUCUAUGUGCCGCCGCCUCCAGAAAACAUCCCUGCAUGGGGCACGGCUCAGCCCGACGGACCAAAGAAAAGGUUUAAGUAUACCCCUCCGGUUCUACAUCCCGAAUUUGGUGGUGUUCCUGGGGGUGGCCAGUAUCCGCCAAACCCUCAGCAGCAGCAGUAUCAACAAGCUCCUCAACAGCAGUAUCCCUCUAACCUCCAACAAGGCCAGCAACAUCCGCCGCCACCACCUCCGCCACCCCCACCCCCAGUGACGUCCCAGCAGGACAGCUGGCAGCAACAGCAACAGCAACAGAAACAACCAGACCAGUACCAACAACCCGCGCAGCAAUAUACGCAACAGCCUCAACAGCAGUACGAACAACAGGCCCAGCAACAGUACGGGCAGCAGCCUCAGGGACCCGAUCAACAAGCACAAGCUCCUCCCCACAUUGAACCCCACCGUCCCGUCGCCCCGCCAAGUCGUCCCGGGAGUCAAUACACUCAAAGGUUUGAUCACUUGGAACAGCCUCUGUCAACGCCAACACCGCCGCCUCCGCAAGCUCCGGCUGCUUCUGCUUACCACAAUCACUUUUCUCAACAACAACAGCAGCAACGGAUAUCAAGCCCCACACCACCCCCGGCUCCACAACGGAAGAAUACUAUCCCGCCCAUAACCGGCGCAUCGGCUUUCUCUUCUGGACCAUCAGACUUUAGCGGAUGGGAGCACUAUAGCAGUGCGGCUGAUGAUGAGGUUUCGCUAGUUAGUCGUCCCGAGACCCCCGAGAUCCCAGAGAUAGAAGGAACACCAACGCAUAAGCCGAGCGGACACUAUAAUGAGCAGCAAGGAGGAAACUCUGGCUUCGUCUCGCCACCCUCACCUCCUCACAAGGUGGCUAUAGGCCCCCAGCAACCGCAGAGACCAGGUAGUGUGGUCGGAGGCGGACAUGCCCCAUCUGGACGAGUGAUGACUCCCCAACAACAGCAACCGCAGUGGCAGCAACAGCAACCUCAAAGGAUCAUGACUCCACAGGAGCAUCAGAUGCAUCACCCACCGCAGAGAAUCAUGACCCCUCAGCAUCAACAGCAACAGGCACCUCAACCACAGCCGAACCAAUAUCAGCAACCGGACACUCACCAAUGGCAACAGCAGCAACAUCCAGCCCCACAGCAACAUGAGCAGCAACAGCCGCAGAGGAUCAUGACCCCUCAACAGCAACAACAAGAACAUCAGCCACCGCCCCUUCAAUCCUCUUCCCAGGGCACAUAUGUCGAGCAGGUUCCGGGCGGAUGGCCUCAGGAUCCCCCUCAGCCACCACCUCAGCAACCUGUCCAACAGGCAGCCCAAGUAUUUGCCCGACAGUUUCAAUAUCGGCACCGGCAACAGCCUCAGCCUCCUCAACCGCCCGCGCAGCCAUCCUAUGAACUUGCUCAAACACAGCAACCCGUUGCUCCGGCCCCACUUGAGGAAGAACCGGAUCCGCUGGAUGCCCUGGAACCGUUCUAUGCUGACUCUAUCCACCGUUUCGUUGAUAUGAUACAGGCAGAAGUCGCGGCUGCCUCAGAUGAGGACAAAUUGAGAAUAUUUACGGAGUUCAUGGAGAAGGAAUACUUCAUCCGUGGAGAACGGUACCCUAAUGCUCUUGGAGAUAUCCCUAGCAGGCAAGGAAGCGUGUUUGGUGGUAUGAAGAACCCCGAUGGCCCAGUUGGUGCCCCAAGUGUUGAGAAAACUCCUGAAAUCUCAAACAAGGAGGCCGCUUCAGAUGUGACUGCACCUCCCUUGUCUGGUGGGCAACAGCACCACGCACCUCAGAAGCAGCCACACCCACCAAAUAUUCCUUCUCCAAUUCAUGAAGUUGCCUACCAAGCGCCUCAACAUGAGGAACCCAAACCUCUAGAAAGAGUUGGAACUUAUCAACCCUUCCGACCAGGUACGACCCCGCCGAAACAUCAACAGCCAGUUGAGGAUCCGCCCGUUGGGAAUACUGGCUAUAAGGCAUUUAAUCCCGCAGUCCGCAGCCUCCCCCAACAGCAACCCGCCUCCCCAGCGCCUCACCAGCAUCAAGGCUAUGUCCCAUUUCGUCCCACCGAAUCAGCAUCACCUCCAGCAAAGAACCUAACUCCCGGCAACGGCGCCUAUGCUCCUUAUAAAGCACCAGCGACAAAGCCAGGCUCACGACCGGCUUCUGCAGGGUCUGACUUUGUUGCUUACGAUGCAAAGAGGGCUUCAACAAUUGAUAACCGAGGACCUCAAUCCCAGUCCAAGCGUAGUUCGGUCAUAUACAAUCAGCCAAACAGAUCACAAACCAUGGCUCCACCCGUGGGCGGACGUCCUACGGAAUUUGGUUCUCCUAGGCGUGCACCGACGGUGGAUACGGCGCCGUACCAGGAAUAUGUCGCUCCGUCCGCAAACUACCGAAGUCCGACGAGAGCUCAGCCACCAAACUUCCCGCCAGAGUCAGAGGAAAGCUAUUCAGAAGGUUCAGAGGAGAGCCUUACGCCCCCCCAGAAUGUCGACCUUGAUGAGUUAAAAUUGGGGCCUCCACCCGUGCCCCCGAUUCUAGGGCUAUCAACUUCGGCGACGGCUAACGCACUUUCCACCCUGCUACCAGCCACCAGAUCCCGCAAGACCUCGUCGACUGCUGUACUCGACGACAUCAAGAAAACCAUUGACGAAGUUGGCGAGAACUUCUCAUUCAUUGAGAAGAUCAACACAGCCUAUGCCGAUGCUUCGAAGAAACGCCUGCAAAAACUCGAAGACGAGCGGAGAGUCCGGCAGGAAGAACAUCAGGAAUAUACUGAUCGCUUAUUCGCCGAUAAUGAGAUUGGUUACGGUGAUAUCGGCGAUAUGGACGACGCCUUGAAUGCUGAGGAGGCAGAAAAGAGGUGUAAAGAAGAGGAGACCGAAUGGGAGAAAUACCGGGAUGAAGUCUUCCAGAAGGUUUAUGACAAAAUACAGGAGGGGAUCAAAGGGCUAAUGGACAAACAUUUCCAGACCAUAAACAGCCUUCGAGACGCUGUUUCAGGGAAGGAGCGGUGGACAAAGAUCGAAGGCCUAGAACUCACGGACCUAUUGGAGGGACUCAUAUUGCUCCGGGGCUACAUCGAGCGAAGGCAUGAAAAGGUUCAGGUCGCAAUUUUAGAACGUGACAGACGAUACAGAAGGACAGUUAUCCAACCACUCCACAUUUCUGGAAACUUUUCCAAAAUGAAGAGCAUGGAAAAGCACUUUGACGAGAGUGAAAAGAAAACGUAACCGCUCCCAUCCCUCAAGCCAACCGAGCCGCAAGCUAAUAGCCACCAGCAUCCUCGAAGCCGCAAAACAGAGACUCACCCGAACCUCCCAGCUUAUGGAAACCAUUGAGGAAAGCAUCCAACGCGGCCUGACCGCCGAAUUAAACUACACCGAGGAGCUCACGCAAGCUGUAACACCGCUCCUUACUAACCCAUUGCGCACGGCGAGCUUCAAGGCAGACCUCAUUUAUACUCUUGAGCUUCUCUCAACCCUGAAAGAAAAAAGUAUAAAGUUCAUGAAAGCCUUCCACUCUGCAAGUCUUCUGAUAAACGAGUCGACUGCGGAAGUUGGCACCGCCGAGGGCCGGGAGAAGGGUGAAGUUGCAAAGGAGCGGUUAGGCUCCGAUGAAGAGGCGGAGAAGGAACUGCGUGAAAGGGUCAGCGUUGUAAAUGGCGAUUGGGCCGCUAUAGAGAGUUGUAUUCAAGCUGUUUUAGAAACGCUAAAGGAUGUUUCUGAGGAAGGCGCUGUUGUGCCCGGCAGUGGCGGGGUUCAUCUGAGCGGUGGAUACGGAGGUGCAAGUGGCGGGGACCCCCCAAAUCAUAGCGCAGGGGGAGGAGAGAUGAGUGCGCUUGAAAGGGCGAAAAUGAGGAACAGAGGCGGUGGUAGUGGAAUUGUGUACGACGGGUACUAACGUUGACACGUUUCGGUGGGAUUUGAUCUGGUUUGGGCCUAGACCGCAGCGCAGAGGAUACCUAAUUCAUAACUAUAUAUAUAUUUUGUUACUAUUGUAGUAUAUUUGUAGCUCUUUGCAGUUGUGUUUUGCAGUGGUAUCAUGGCAAGGAACAAGUUCUGC